AUGGAGCCCUCACAGCCGCAGGGACCAGGACGAGCUGAGAUGGAGCCCUCACAGCCGCAGGGACCAGGACAAGCUGAGAUGGAGCCCUCUCAGCCGCAGGGACCAGGACGAGCUGAGAUGGAGCCCUCACAGCCGCAGGGACCAGGACGAGCUGAGAUGGAGCCCUCACAGCCGCAGGGACCAGGACGAGCUGAGAUGGAGCCCUCACAGCCGCAGGGACCAGGACGAGCUGAGAUGGAGCCCUCACAGCCGCAGGGACCAGGACGAGCUGAGAUGGAGCCCUCACAGCCGCAGGGACCAGGACGAGCUGAGAUGGAGCCCUCACAGCCGCAGGGACCAGGACUAGCUGAGAUGGAGCCCUCACAGCCGCAGGGACCAGGACGAGCUGAGAUGGAGCCCUCACAGCCGCAGGGACCAGGACGAGCUGAGAUGGAGCCCUCACAGCCGCAGGGACCAGGACGAGCUGAGAUGGAGCCCUCACAGCCGCAGGGACCAGGACUAGCUGAGAUGGAGCCCUCACAGCCGCAGGGACCAGGACGAGCUGAGAUGGAGCCCUCACAGCCGCAGCGACCAGGACGAGCUGAGAUGGAGCCCUCACAGCCGCAGGGACCAGGACGAGCUGAGAUGGAGCCCUCACAGCCGCAGGGACCAGGACGAGCUGAGAUGGAGCCCUCACAGCCGCAGGGACCAGGACGAGCUGAGAUGGAGCCCUCACAGCCGCAGGGACCAGGACUAGCUGAGAUGGAGCCCUCACAGCCGCAGGGACCAGGACGAGCUGAGAUGGAGCCCUCACAGCCGCAGGGACCAGGACGAGCUGAGAUGGAGCCCUCACAGCCGCAGGGACCAGGACGAGCUGAGAUGGAGCCCUCUCAGCCGCAGGGACCAGGACAAGCUGAGAUGGAGCCCUCACAGCCGCAGGGACCAGGACAAGCUGAGAUGGAGCCCUCUCAGCGGCAGGGACCAGGACGAGCUGAGAUGGAGCCCUCACAGCCGCAGCGACCAGGACGAGCUGAGAUGGAGCCCUCACAGCCGCAGGGACCAGGACGAGCUGAGAUGGAGCCCUCACAGCCGCAGGGACCAGGACGAGCUGAGAUGGAGCUCUCACAGCCGCAGGGACCAGGACGAGCUGAGAUGGAGCCCUCGCAGCCGCAGGGACCAGGACGAGCUGAGAUGGAGCCCUCUCAGCCGCAGGGACCAGGACAAGCUGAGAUGGAGCCCUCACAGCCGCAGGGACCAGGACAAGCUGAGAUGGAGCCCUCUCAGCGGCAGGGACCAGGACGAGCUGAGAUGGAGCCCUCACAGCCGCAGGGACCAGGACGAGCUGAGAUGGAGCCCUCACAGCCGCAGGGACCAGGACGAGCUGAGAUGGAGCCCUCACAACCGCAGGGACCAGGACGAGCUGAGAUGGAGCCCUCACAGCCGCAGGGACCAGGACGAGCUGAGAUGGAGCCCUCGCAGCCGCAGGGACCAGGACGAGCUGAGAUGGAGCCCUCGCAGCCGCAGGGACCAGGACGAGCUGAGAUGGAGCCCUCGCAGCCGCAGGGACCAGGAGAGGCUGAGAUGGAGCCCUCACAGCCGCAGGGACCAGGACGAGCUGAGAUGGAGCCCUCACAGCCGCAGGGACCAGGACGAGCUGAGAUGGAGCCCUCACAGCCGCAGGGACCAGGACGAGCUGAGAUGGAGCCCUCACAGCCGCAGGGACCAGGACAAGCUGAGAUGGAGCCCUCACAGCCGCAGGGACCAGGACGAGCUGAGAUGGAGCCCUCACAGCCGCAGGGACCAGGACGAGCUGAGAUGGAGCCCUCACAGCCGCAGGGACCAGGACGAGCUGAGAUGGAGCCCUCACAGCCGCAGGGACCAGGACGAGCUGAGAUGGAGCCCUCACAGCCGCAGACAGAGGACACAGGUCUAAUAAAGCAGCCGACCACACAGCGCUCACACCUGGUCCUCAGGAGCAUCUCUCAGCGGCGCCUGGCUCCUCUGGUCCACUCCUUCUGGGACACGAUGGAGACCGCAGACCUCUCUCAGCGCGAGGCCCGAGCCAGGGUGGCUCAGCUGUUCCUGGACAUCGUGACCACGGCCUGUCAGGAGGUCCUGGUGGUCUUCAAGGACUUUGUGUCCGGCUCAAGUCCAGCAGAAGCUCCUGCAGUGACGCAGAGCAGUGUGAAGAGGGCGCUGUGGGGACACAUGUUCAAGUCCAGAUGUUGCAGACCACGGGAGGAGUCUGAGAGCCAGCUGCUGGACCUGGCCAGUCUGGAGGUGGCCAACCAGGUCAACACCACUCUGUCCCAGGACCAGGACCAGGAGGACCAGCAGAAGGCACGAACUACAGAGCCUCAGGAGGAGGUCACCAAGUCCCAGCGUCUGAGGAUCAUGGAGGCUCUGAGGAAGUACUGCCCAUGUCUUUGUCCUCAGUCCAGCCCUGGACCUCAGGACAGGUCUCUGAGGUCCACGGAACAACCUGGACUGGAAGACUACAGCCAGGACCCACUGAGGUCCACUGAGCAGGACUACAGCCAGGACCUCCAUCAGGACCUCCAUCAGGACCUCCAGCAGGAGAAGCAGCAGGCUCAGAUGCAGCAGUCCUCUUCGUACAGUCUGACAGCAGACCCUGUGAGAGCGAGGGACCUCCUGGAGCUGGAGGCUGUGAAGAUGAGCGGAGAUGAUCUGAGUGAGGGUUCCCUGGUCCAGAGGAGCCCAGACACAGCUCCUGGUGAGCUCCUCCUGGAGGAGAGACUUGGUGAAGGAGGUCCUUUAGAAGCGGUCCUCGUUCAGGACACAAAGACUGAGGCCCGACCUCAGAAGAACAAGUUCCUCUGUCGCUCCUGCUGCGCUAGCAACUGUCUGAAGAAACUAGCAAGAAAACUGUGUGGUCCCACACUGACCACUCCCCCCAGAGACACUCUGCAGGAGGCCUCUGUGCCUGAGGAGGUGAAGCUGAAGGAGGAGGUGAAGCUGAAGGAGGAGGAGGAGGUGAAGCUGAAGGAGGAGGAGCCUGAGCUGGACGAGAAGGCUCAGGCCCUGGAGGAGUUCGCUCUGCUGCUGGCAAACCCCCAGAAGGAGGUCCAGUGUGUCCCUGGAGGUCCCUUUGAGCAGGAGGUCCAGUGUGUCCCUGGAGGUCCCUUUAAGCAGGAGGUCCAGUGUGUCCCCGGAGGUCCCUUUGAGCAGGAGGUCCAGUGUGUCCCUGGAGGUCCCUUUAAGCAGGAGGUCCAGUGUGUCCCUGGAGGUCCCUUUGAGCAGGAGGUCCAGUGUGUCUCUGGAGGUCCCUUUGAGCAGGAGGUCCAGUGUGUCCCUGGAGGUCCCUUUGAGCAGGAGGUCCAGUGUGUCGCCGGAGGUCCCUCUGAGCAGUGGGACCUCCCCCACGUGGUGGGCCUGGUGUACGAGCUGGUGUCCCGCAUCCUGCAGACCAACAAGUUUGUGGAUCUGAAGGAUCUGUCUGCGGCUCUGCUGCAGAAGCUGCAUCAGCAGAUGAAAGACUGGAAGAUCAAAGUCAAAGCGGACACUGUCCACAUCAAAGAGGUGUCCAAGCGGGUGUACAGGGACCUCUGCUUGGGACGCCCCAGGAACUGGGUCACUCUGGACAGUCUGAUCCGACAGGACUACCUCGAAGAGAUCGUCCUCACCAUCCGCAGGUAUCUGGUCUAA